CGCGUGCUGCUCCCCAUUCAUUCACUAAUUCAAAUUAGCACAUCGGCGCGUGCAGUCGGAACAAUGGAGAUCAAAAGGCAGAGCGCGAGAUGACUGCGCGUACCCGCUCUGCGCGCGCCCUCACAGCUGUACCCACCUACUGGCGCCGUUGUCAUGGUGACCCAGAUACCCGCCUGAACGGGUAUGUGUGUGCACGAGCGGGAGGAAGGAGGGAGGAAAGGAAGGUAUGAAGGAAGGAGGGAGGGGAAUUAGUCAGUGAAAGAGGAGGAGAAGAAGGAGGAGGAGGAGAGGGUGUUCUGCCGAGGUGGACGUGGCGGGUCCGGAGGACUGAGCUACCGCAGCUGAGGGGAAGCCGAACCGAACCGAGCAGAACCAAGAUAGCGGACCAUGAAGCGGGCCACCCGCAGGCUGGUUCCAGUCAGGUGACGGCGCUGACGUCUCGGACCUUCUCCUCAUCGUCUCUGGUUCCUCUCAGGUCGACCCCCUCACCUCAUCAGGACCGCCCUCCCCCAGCAGCCGUGGGGCGAGGAGGAGGAGAGGAAGAGGCGUGGCUUGUUGCCUCGGCGACUCUUCAGGUGUAGGUACGGAGAGCGGUGAGGAGGAUUGGCUCCGCCCCUCACCAUGUCGGACUUGGAGGCAGAGUGUCUGGGCCUCGGCCUGCCGCCGGACUGCGGCUCCCCUCCGCCGCCUCUGGACGGCGCCGCCCCGCCCACGCUGGCGCUGCUGUCGUCGGACUGCCCCACGCCCACGCUCAGUUCUCUGGCGGCGGAGAUCGCCGAGCCGCUGGUGAUGCUGCCGUGCGUGAAGAGCGAGCCGGAGGACUGCGACCUGGAGCCCAUCCGGACCGUGGACCUGUCCGAGAUCCAGCCGCUGUCCACCGCCGAGCUGGGCCACGACCAGAUCAAGAUGGAGAUCAGCGGCCUCGACUACAUCAAGUCCGAGCACCACGGUCACCAUGACAACCACCAGCUGGCGUUCCACCACGGCGACGCGUCUGAGCUGGACUACAAGUCGCACUACGAGCCCUGCUCCGUGUUCGACUACAUCUCCCAGGUCACCGACACCCUGGAGUACAUCAAGUCAGACCACGCCGUGGACCUGCACUGCUACUACAGCGCCGAGCUGGGCGCGCUGAAGUCCGAGUACCCGGAGGCCGGCGCCGUGUCGGCCCACCUGCACCACAACGGCCUGGAGUCCAUCCACAUGGCCGAGCUGCGCACCGAGCUCAACAAGCUGCGGCCCGACGCCCUGCUGCUGGACGGGCUGGGCAAACCCGACCCCGACUUUGGAGAGGGCACGCUGUACGAGCUGCAGCCCGCCGCGGACGGGAAGGCGGCGGACGGGUCGGGCCGGGCGGGCCAGGCCGGCGCCGGCCUGGGUCUGCUCAUCACCACCAAGACCCAGAGUCCCACGGUGAGGAAGCCGCGCAACAUGCAGGGGGAGAAACCCUUCUCCUGCACGCAGUGCGGGAAGAACUUCAGCACGCUGGGCAACCUGAAGACGCACCAGCGCAUCCACACGGGCGAGCGGCCGUACACCUGCUCGCAGUGCGGCAAGAGCUUCGGUCAGGCUGGAAACCUGAAGCGCCACCAGCUGAUCCACACGGGCCAGAAGCCCUACGUCUGCGCCCACUGCCCCAAGGGCUUCACCAAGGCCGACGACCUGCGCUCGCACCAGCGGCUGCACACCGGUGAGCGGCCCUUCAUCUGCGCCGCCUGCGGAAAGAGCUUCGGCCAGUCCAAGGAGCUGAAGGCGCACCAGCUGAGUCACACGGGCGAGCGGCCGUUCUGCUGCCAGCACUGCGGCAAGAGCUUCACCAAGGAGACCAGCUACCGCAACCACGUCCAGAUCCACACGGGUGAGAAGCCCUUCUCCUGCUCGCAGUGCGGGAAGACUUUCAGCAACUCGGGCGUCCUGAAGACCCACGAGAAGAUCCACACGGGGGAGCGGCCGUUCGGCUGCACGCAGUGCGGCAAGAGCUUCGGCCGGCUGGGUCACCUGAAGGCGCACCAGCAGAUCCACACGGGCGAGCGGCCGUACGCCUGCCCCCGCUGCGGCAAGACUUUCAGCCAGUCGGGCCACCUCAAGGCGCACGAGCAGAUCCACAAGCGGGAGCGGGCCGACACGGCCAGCACCAGCAGCGACGGCGGCAGCAGCGCCGUGAGCAGCGACAGCAGCUAAAGCCGACCUUUAACCUCCGGAGAAUCAAAGUAUUAUUCCUGUUUUUAUACAAGCGCUAUAUAAAGGUUUCUUUAUGACUUUUCUUACAUUUUCAUACCUUUGUGCUCUUUUACAUUUUAUCUGUGGACGGAGUGAAAGGAGUGACUUAUGCAAGGGUGUGUGUGUGUGUGUGUGUGUGUGUGUGUGUGUGUGUGUGUGUUUCUUCACCUUAUAUACUGUGGGGGAGGAGAGGAACUGGACCGGCUCUGCAGGACUGGUCCGUAUUUUUGGAGUACUUAUGAAACACAAGCACAAAAGUUUCAUGUUUUUUUUAAAAAAUAUUUCCAGUUUUUUACUGAAUCAGACCAGCAGCACCGGACCGACCGGGCCGGACCGGGUCCACUGUCUCAUGGGUCUGUCGGUUCUAAAGGAGCCGCAUCCAGAGUAACUUCCUGUUUAGAAGCCGGGUCAGGGUUCUGCGGCUCCUUCCGUCCGCUCUGUGAUCCGGUUCCGGUGGGUUCUGGUUCUUAAUUUCAGGUGUUUUCUGGUUAACGUUGACCUCUGACCUCAGAGGGCCUCCUGCCUGCAGCAGGUAGUCCUCUGAGGCCGGCCGUCCUCGGACCGGGACGCGGCCGGUGUCUCGUUGCUGACGAUAAUCAGGUGGCGUUCCUUUUCGCUCCGAAGCAUUCCAGAUUAUUUUUCCAGACGAGCUCAGCGGGAACGCCAGGCUUUCGGACCAAACGUCCCGACCCCCCAGCUCCACGGAGAUCGCUCACUGUGUACAAAUCUCGAAUGGAUUAUGUUGCUCCAACAAAAUGUAAUAAAGAAAAAGAGGAAGUGAUGCAACAUCCUGUAAUGGAGACGUUAUUAAAGACACAAUGUUACAUCCUGA